GGAGAGAACCGAGGACAUCUGUCUCGUACACACGUCUUAUCGAACUAGCCCUUUUCUAAGAGCACACCCUUCUCCUCCCCCUGGUCCCCAUAAUAAUUAGAUCCUCUGCAAUGUCCUAAAACCCUCAAAACCACCAAAAUCUCUCUCUCCUUGAGCAGAAACCACCUAUUCCAAUGUUGGGUGAGGCUUUUUCACUUCAAAGCAAUAGCAAUAGCAAUGGAAAUGGCAAAGAAAACCCAAAGAGGAAAAGCCCCAUCAAGAGUAAGAAGAAGAAGAAGCGCGGUGGCCGCAAGAAGAAGAUGACAGCUGAACAGCUCCAUGCCUUGAAUUCUGUCAAGGAAUGGGUGUUUUUGGACCUGCCUUCCCCUGCUGUUGAUGAUGAUUUUGGGGUGCAGAAGAGUCAGAGCAGAGUUGGGGACAAUAUUGUGUUUGAUUUGCAUUCACAUUCCAUUCGCAGUGAUGGGUUCUUGUCGCCCUCCAAGGUGGUUGAGAGAGCUCACGGGAAUGGGGUAAAAGUUCUUGCUCUGACUGAUCAUGACACAAUGUCUGGCAUCCCUGAGGCAUUGGAAGCAGCUCGCAAAUUUGGAAUGAGGAUAAUCCCGGGUGUUGAGAUUAGUACUAUGUUUUCCCCAAGAGGAGAGUCUGGGUCAGAGGAACCAGUUCAUGUCCUUGCCUAUUACAGUAGCUGUGGUCCAACAAGAUGUGAGGAACUGGAGAAGUUCUUGGCUAGCAUAAGAGAUGGGCGUUACCUUCGUGCAAAGAACAUGGUUUUGAAACUGAACAAUCUCAAGUUGCCCCUCAAGUGGGAGCACGUAGCCAAAAUUGCAGGCAAGGGAGUUGCUCCAGGGAGACUGCAUGUGGCUCGUGCUAUGGUUGAAGCAGGCCAUGUGGAGAAUCUGAGACAAGCUUUUGCCCGAUAUCUUUAUGAUGGUGGACCUGCCUAUUCUACGGGAAGUGAGCCUCAAGCAGAGGAAGCAGUGAAGUUGAUAUGUGAAACAGGAGGUGUGGCGGUACUGGCACAUCCAUGGGCAUUAAAGAAUCCAGUGACAAUUGUCAGGAGGUUAAAAGAUGCAGGCCUUCAUGGGAUAGAAGUCUACAGGAGUGACGGGAAACUGGCAGCAUAUAAUGAUCUAGCAGAUGACUAUGGUCUUGUGAAGCUUGGAGGAUCAGAUUAUCAUGGGAGAGGUGGACAGGGUGAGUCGGAUCUGGGCAGCGUGAACCUUCCAGUGUUGGCUGUACAUGACUUCCUGAAGGUAGCCCGACCAAUCUGGUGCAAUGCUAUCAGAAACAUUCUAGAGAGCUACAUCAAGGAACCCUCCGAUAUGAAUCUAGAGCAGAUCACUAGGUUUGCAAGGAACAGAAAUUCUAAAGGGGGAUCUCCUCUGGGAUGUGGGAAGGACUUGAUUGAUCUUUGUUUAUCCUCAUGGUUGACAAACGAAGAAAGGCAGAAUCCAGAGUUUGAAGCCAUCAAGCUUAAGUUUUCCAACAUCUCAAUUAAUGUUCCCAUUGAGAGUAAUUAGUUCUCACUUCUCACCCGAAUUAAUUUAUUUACCUUCACCAUUAAUUUUUCCUUUGAUGUCCCAUUUCCCAUUCUUUUUUUGGGCUUUUUUUUUUCUUCCAUAGGCAAACAUUUACCCAAGGAACAUUACAGCUUUUAAUAUCCAAUUUCUCCAUUUCAUUAGAAGAAUAUUUCCCUGGAAAGACUGCAUUUGAGUCAUUAAAGACAGUUUCUGCAUAUGCCAAAGAAAAGCUUAUGCAUUUUGGCUUGUGCCUUUUGAAUCUCAAUUGGAAUGUGUUGAUUUCAAUUCAA